AUUCAUUUAGUCUUACGAUAGACGCGCAAAUAAAUGCAUCAGAGCGAGGAAGUCGGAUUUUUUUAAUAAACAUUUUUCUCGCAUGAUAUAAAAUUGUGAAAAAAAAUUAUAUUUCAUUUUUUUUUUUUAUUUUUUAAAAUCAUGUUUUCGUUUUUUUGCGUAAUACGAAAUACGCAUUUAACGUGAGAUUAUUUAUAACGAAAUUAUGGGUAAAAUUCGGCGUUUUGUUUAUUUACUCGGUGUGAUAAUAUUGAUUUUAUGCAUUUUUAUGGAAGCCAUUGAAGCGGGAUGGAGCGCUCAAUGCUGGAGGAAGCAUAAUUCCGGUUCCAUACAAACGCCAGAUGGCGAAUUCAAGCGACCCAUUGGAAUACUGUGCACAUAUCGUUGCAUGUUGUGGUUCCCACCCGUAUUCCCAUACUGCGAAUUCAUAUUCGAUUUACGAUUAUCGAGACACUUCACUUCGUUUCCCGAUUGCUAUGAGAUACGCUGUAAUGAGACGUUCAGCUUCAUAGGAAAUUAGGCAAAAAACGAGGCGAGGUUUAUGUAUAUUAUUUUAAGCUAACAUAAUUAAUUUUUAGGUAAAAUG